AUGGACGUCGCGCAUAAUCGGUCGCUCGGGUUCGCGGGAACGGAGAUUUUGUUCCGCAAGAUCGAGUUUGAGCGCUAUCGGAAACCGCACGUCGUCGAAUACCCCCGUAGCGCCACUGUCCUCAACCCGCAGCACACGCGUCAGCUCCGCAAUGCAAUGGGCACGCAGCGGCAGGGUGGCGAACACGACGGCAGCGACGGCGACGAGGGAGCGGCGCCCCGUGGAUACUCGGACAGCGACGACGACGACGAUGACCCGCGGCGCGUCGACAAGGCGACACAGCUGUGCUCCGACGCGCAGUUUCGCAGCAGCCUACACUUGCUCUGGCAGACCAUCACGCCUGUUGGGCUGGGGCUCAUGAACCUUGGUAACACGUGCUUCGCGAACAGCGUGCUGCAAGCGCUGGCUCAUACGCCGGCGGUGGCACAGUACUUCAUGAACACGUUCCGUUCAGCAGACAGCCAGCUUGGCGCCCCCUUCGACUUUGCCUUCGCCCUUGCCGAGACGUUUCGCAAGAUGCAGCCCGCGCCACAGCAGGGUCGAACCAGCGGCAGCGGUGUGUACCGACCUGGGCAGAUCAUGAGCAACCUCCGUCUGCUCUCAAAACACUUCUCCAUUGGGCGGCAGAGCGACGCGCACGAGUUUGCGGUGCAACUUCUCUUUUCGUGUCAGAAAUCGCUGCUUCACCGCCUCGUCGGCUCCAAGAAGGUGCACCCACGGGUGGCGCACACCACCGCGCUUCACCGCAUCUGCGGCGGCUACCUGCUCUCACAGGUGACGUGGUCGCGCCAGGAAGAGAUUCAGCAGCUGCUGCGCGCCGGCAAGCAGCAGGAGGCAAUGGAUCUCAAGAUGGAGGCAAAGCAAGCUGAUGGGAAGCGGGCACAGCGCGCCUCACGGCACGGCCUCGAUCCUCAGAUCCUGCGCUCCAAUACCUACGACCCCUUUACGAUUCUCUCGGUGGAGUUGGCGGGGCACACGCUGCAGCACUGCCUUGACAAGUUCUGCGCGGUCGAGGAACUCGAUGGCCGCUCCUACCUGUCCCCACGCCAGGUCGGCGUGCGCGCGAAGAAGAAGCUAAGCAUCCACGUCCCGCCACCCGUGCUCGUCAUCCACGUGAAGCGCUUUACUCCCACCGGCAACAAGAUUAACAAGCACGUGCCGUUCCCGCUGGAGCUGGACAUAACCCGCUACUGCACCAUACUGUCGUCGCCGUCAUCGUCGCCGCCGCCGCCGCAGAAUCACCUGCAGCCGCACAAUGGUAUGUCCUCCCCAGCGACAGCGAAGAGAUCCGAUUGCCAGUACGAGCUCAACGCCGUAUGCGUUCACGAGGGACGUUCCAUCGACUACGGCCACUACUACACCCUGGCCAAGGCCCCUAAUGGCAUGUGGUACGAGUUCAACGACAGCCACGUUAGUCGUCUUUCGGAGGACCAGCUGCAACAGGCACAGGUGUACAUGCUCUUCUACUCCCGCAAGCCCACGGUCGCUGCUGAGAAGACGCAGUCGCCCCGUCAGCAGCAGCACAACGUCCGCGACAGCGCACCGGCCUCUGCGUCUUCCUCCGCCGCCUCCAAGCUCGGCGCGGGGACGGCAGUGAAAGAGGACGGUGCUGUUGGGCGAGAGCUGAGCGAUUCGGAGGUGCAGGUACUCCUAGCGAAGCGAAGCGCUGUGCAGCGGCAGGCAGGCAGUUUAAACGGGCGUCGCUCCUCCUCGGCCACGACAGCUGCAGAGAAGCUGCAACUCCUGUCGGACGCUUCUGGCGGCAACGAUGAAGAGGGCCACGCCGUCGAGCCCACGUCUUUGUCGUUGAACAAGACUGCCCGGGCGCAGACCUUCAAGCGCAUGCAAGAGGCGCUUCCAACGGACUCGGACAGCGACGGCGACGAUGAAAACCAGGACCGCGCAUAUGUGCGCCGGCUGCUGACACAGCGGAACGGAUGUGCAGUGCAAGACAGCCACAUCCAGGCAGGCGUGGCGGCACAACCCUCACGACGAGGUGACGAGCACGACGCACUGGCGAGCGGCGAGGCACCGCUCAAGUUGGCCAAGGUGUCACUGUAUGGCGGCAUCAUUAAGUCGAUGAAGCGCGUGUUGAAGGACGGCGCCAACGGUGGUGCGUCCGCCGACACAACGGCGCCGCAGCAGCAGCGGGAGAGCCCAAACCUUCGGGUUGGCCGGAACGCCGUGCAAGCACUGCAUCAGCGCAAGAUACUCAACACCCCUGAGACGGUGCAGCGACCGGCAUCUGCACCCAAGUUCCAGCAGCGCAUCCGUGAUCCCAUGUGGGAGAUGGAGAUGGAUCGCGGCAAGGUGAAGAAGGUCAAGUCGAAGGAGAAGGCGCCGGAUCCGUUUGAAGGCGUCAACCCCUUCCAGGAAGUGUCGCGAGGCAUGUUCGACGUGCGUGGACGGCGGCGUCGGGGGUAG